GAGAACAGACGUGUUUCUCGUUUAUCCUGAGCUCAGUCGAGAUCUCGUGUCGCUUCGCAUUCUCGUCUUCUCACCGCACGAAUACACGCGUAUGUGAUAUAUAUCGCGCCAAAGUGGCCAGCGGUGUUUGUUAUUUGCUCGUGCAGAUUAACGAAUCAAUCUCGGUCGGUCAUAGUGCAAUACCGAAGAUUUUCCGGAGCACACACCUCACGUGACCGCUCGCGCGGGACACUCUCGUGAUACCCGCGCAGCCAAUAGGGCGAUCCUCCCCCGUAUGUGUUGUACAUCUUUACGAGUGACGUGAACCAACUGGUGCAGCCGUCAACCGGACAACUGCGGGGACAUUGAAAUUUUCUCUUCGUGGAGUCACGAAAAUUCUGACGAAAUCUUCGUGCUCCAUUCGACAAGUGCAUUCGAGCGGCCGAAAUCAACAACCGUGACAAAGGACAAGUUUUUUUAUACGGUUCUCAGCAGUGCAUCAACCCCCGGGCCAGGCGGGUGUGGUAACGAGCGCGUAGCUUGGAACUCGGGCUACAACUGCUCCGCAAUUGCUCCGUUCCGUAUAGAAUAGACGAGAGAAGACACCAUGGCGAUACCGUUUUUGCCCAACAACGACGAGAACACGUCGUCGGAGGAGCAGCUGAUGUACCAGCUGUACGUAACCCUGCACAAUGCCCUCCGGAGCAGGAACGCCCAUCAUCCGUCGCGAAAUCAUCGGGCGCCGCGUCGAUCCGGUUCUGGAUCUCAGCAACCUCUGGUGAUCUGGCUGCAGCCCGGCAACGUCGAAGACUUGUCGAGCUUGCCGCUGCCAGACCUGGUGCAAUCGGCCGUGGACCAGCUGCCACCGCCGUCGCCCCACGUGACAGUAUCUGUCCCCAGCAGCCCGAUGAGAGACGCGACCUUCCAGUUCCCCGAGUGCAACGUCAACAGCAACGGUGCACCGUUGCCGAGCCCAAGGCCACGGCCACGAAGACGUUUCGCCUCGGAGAGCUCCGUCAUGGAGACGGGCCCGACCGAGGCGAGCAACUGCAACGGUACCACCUGCCGCUGCCACCUCGGCCUGAUCCUCAACGAGAGGCAGUCGUGGACGAGCGUGGGUGCCAAUCUCAGGAACAUCGCCGGUGAUUUCCACGCGUGCAGGACCAAGGAUGCCGAGAUCGAGAAAUCGACGCUACCGGUGAUCGGUCCAGGCUUGAACGGUCGCAACAGCAACUCGUCAUCCACCGACAGCCUGCUGUCGCUGUUGAUUCCGACGCCGUUACGAGAGACCCUUUGGGCAACGGUGGCUCUGUACCUCGGCUGGAGACUUGUCUCCCGCCUGCGAUAGAUGCUCCGGUUUCGUCCAACCGUUCUGGGUCCAAUCCUACGGGCUCGAUCGUCGAUUGUGUCGACGACUAGAACGCCGAUAUCGGGGGUUACAAUUAGAAGAAAACGGACGGACCGCCAGCACUUCUUUCCUUGUCUGCGACCGCGGACAAUUCUGUUCUAUGGAAUCCUCGGGACGGAUCGUUUCGAGAGGAGAAGGAGGAAGAGGAGAAGAGACAGUCUACGGCGCGUACUCUGGAUCUCUUUAUGUCAUCGGAUGAUGGAUUUAAUUGAGGUAGAGCGCGUCGAGAAGACGAGACGUUCUUUUACUAAACAUCCACUCCGAUAAUACGAUUGUAAUUUUAUAUUGUCUAUCUUUGUAUUUCGCGCUUGCGUUGCGCGGCUACGCGAGAAUGCGCUUGAUCGACUUUGAUCGGUUCCUGAGGGACCAUGCGACUGCAAAUACAAUUUGAUGUCUUUUGAUCAUGACGAUGAAAGUAGUAAGAUAACUAUUUGCUUCU